CACGGCUCGCGAGCAAUUUCCCCUCUCCUUCGCCGUUCCACUCCACUCCACUGACCACUCCACUCCACAGAGAGCACGCGCUGCUCAAAACCCUCGUCCCCGCCGCGGCGCUUCCGGCGACGGCCAUGGACACCGGGGUGCCCGCCUUUUCCAUGAAUCCGGUGAUGGCGGAGAUCUUCCGGCAGCUAGGCCUUGACCCGGAUCAGGUGGGAGGCUUCUUCGCCCGCUCCCUCUCCCACACCCACCACGCCCUCCCGGACCCGCCCGUGACGGCCGACGCCCGCCUCUUCGCCCUCCUCCCCGACGACCCAGUAGACCGCGUCAGCCGCCUCCCCGACGCGCUCCUCGGCAACAUCGUCUCCUGCCUCCCCGUCAAGGACGGCGCGCGCACCGCCGCGCUCUCCCGGCGCUGGCGCGGGGUCUGGCGCUCCGCCCCGCUCGUCCUCGUCGACUCCCACGUCCACCCCGCGGGCACCGCGUACGCGCAGGGCGUCGCCUCCGCCGUCUCCCGCGUCCUCGCCGCGCACCCGGGCCCCUUCCGCUGCGUCCACCUCACCGAGUCCCCCCUGCUCGCGGCCUGGCUCCAGAUCGUCGCCGGCAAGGGCGUCCAGGAGCUCACCCUCGUCCACCACCCGUGGCCGCUCGAGAUCUUUCUCCCCUCCACCUUCUUCUUAGGCAUGGAGACCCUCACCCGCCUCUACCUCGGGCUCGGGCUCUGCGACGUCGUCAUGAAGACCGGGGAUUUGGACUUCAUCCUCGACAGGAGCCCCGUGCUGGAGACGCUGUCUCUGGAAGGGGAGAUGCUCGAGCGUUGCCUCGGCCUUGUCAGCCAAAGCCUCCGGCGCGUGCAGAUCAUCGGGUGCUCGGUUGGAGAAAUCUUCGUGGUGGACGCGCCAUGCCUUGAGCGACUCAUCCAGUCGGGAGGCUGGUGCCCUGAAGACACUGAUGGCAACUGCACCAAGGUGAAGAUCGGCCAUGCCCCCAGGUUGCACAUGUUGGGAUACUUGGAGUUGGACCCAAGAAACGUCCUAGAGGUCGGCAACACCGUCAUCAAGGCUGGGACAAGGGUGAGCCCGAGAACCAUGGUACCAAGCGUGGGAGUCAUGGCUUUGGAGGUGCGUUUCGGUGUCCGCAACGAUGCCAAGAUGGUUCCCAGUGUCCCCAGGUGCUUUCCGAACGUCGAGACGCUCCACAUCAAGUCUGCAAAAACCGAUCGAUCCACUGGCAAGCUGAACCUGAAGUUCUGGCAUGAGUGUGGUGUCAUAGAGUUCGUCCGGUCGCGCAUCAAGCUGCUGGUUUUCCAUGAUUUCCGAGGCGGCCGAGGCGAGCUCGCCUUCCUCAAAUACUUCUGUGAGACCGCAUCGGUGCUGAAGAAGGUGGUGAUUCUGUUCGCCGACGGCUUCGCUUCGACCGAGGAGGCGCAGUCCAAACUGUCGAGUCUGGGGUCGGUGAAACGGGCCAGUGAAACCUCUACAGUGCUGGUCACCGUACCUUCUGAUCCUCAAGUAGGUUCCAUUCGGAGCUUCAAGAUAGGGUCUGGUUUUUCUGCUGACGACCCUUUUGCAAACUACUGAAGUCACAGCAAGUGAACUACGUAUAUUUCAUCCUGCAAAGUAAAUUGCUCUGGAAGGAAGUUGUUUAUGUAAGACCAUGGCGGCGGAAUGUUCUGGCAUUGCUUCAUCCGUAGAGGGAACACUAGAUAUCAGCAUUCGUGUUGGACAGGUUC